UCAGAGCAACAGCUGAGUUGGUGAUACAGAAUGUCAAGCAAGCCUCUUAUCGAGCUAAUUUUGUGUUGAUACUGUACGAAUAGACUGCUGUAACACUACUACUUCUAAGUAUGAACUGAAGUGUUUGUCUGCUUACUUGCUUUGGAUAAAUUAAUGGCAAACAUAGAUGUUGGGAAUGCAGGGGAUCUUCAAUCUCAAAUCGAAGAGGUCGAGGCACUUUCCUCCAUAUACGGUGACGAAUGGUGUGUUAUUGAUGAAGCAGCAAGAAUAUUUUGCAUCAAAAUAACGGAUGAUAUAGACUAUCCAAAACUGAAAGCAUGUUUACAGAUCAUUCUCCCACAUGAUUACCCGAGUGCAGCACCACCUGUCUACCAAAUAAAUGCAGCAUGGUUGCGAGGCCCUGAUAGAAAGACCCUGUCCAACAGCCUUGAGGAGCUCUAUGUGGAGAACACUGGGGAAAGCAUCCUCUACCUCUGGGUGGAGAAGGUCCGGGAGUUCCUCCUGGAGAAAUCCCAAAGCACAGACACAGUGGAGCAACCAGAGGUGAGAAAUAUGGCAACAGAGGAGGAGGAAGUGGCGGAUGAUGUAGAAAUGCCUGAUUACCGCAAUCUGAAGCUGAACAAAGAGAAUGUACACCUCUUCGAAAAUCACUCAAGUGAUGAGGAACUACCUCCUAUAAAACUGGGGGGGACGAUAACAGAAAGACGCAGCACCUUCCAACCACACUUAGCCCCUGUGGUAACACCUAGACAGGUUAGAAUGGUUCUUGACAAGCUGUUUGAAAACAAGAAGAUUGCAAGUGCCACUCACAAUAUUUAUGCAUACAGGAUAUAUUGUGAAGAAAAGCAGAGUUUCCUGCAGGACUGUGAGGAUGAUGGAGAGACCGCAGCGGGAGGACGACUGCUUCACUUACUACAGAUCCUGGAUGUGCGGAAUGUGCUGGUGGUUGUGUCUCGCUGGUAUGGAGGGAUCCUGCUGGGUCCAGACCGUUUCAAACAUAUCAACAACUCUGCCAGGAACAUCCUGGUCCAGGAGGGGUACACAUCCUCUGCGGAUGAGGCAUCCAAAGCUGGAGGGAAGAAUAAAAAGUCAAAAAGCAAGAAGACAAAGUAAAGUGAUAUACUCUGAAUGCUAGUCAUUGUCAAUGCUCUCUGUAAUAUUGUUGAAAGGUUUACAGAAACGAACAGACAUUUCUGACCUCUAUGAGGACUUCAAUCUCAAAAAGGUUUUGUUGUGCCUUAAACUGGAAAUGGGAAUUUGAUGGCAACUAUGUAAUGUUAGUGUCGAACAUUCAGGCUUAAGGGAAAGUAAGCCCAUCUCCUCAUAACCAUAAUGAAACUGAUUAUGUGAGUAAUUUAUAUUAAUUAAAAAAGGGCUGCAUACAUGACUAGGAAAAUGCAUUAAUUUGUUGUAAAUCUUAUUUUCCUUCUAAGAGCAUAGCUGUAAUUUUCAGGAAUGUCUGAAAUUAUAACCAAAAUGUCUUAAUUUCCAAAAAGUCUCUUUCUCUCACCCUCCCUUCUGUCACGCCUGUAUUUAGAUGCUUUGAUAUUUGAGUUCCGCUGUGGUUGAAUCCCCACAACUUCUGUCAUCCAAAGUACUGUUGAAUCAGUCUGAGAGUUCAGUGGACACAUCAUCUGGGUUUCACAGACAAUACAAUCUAAUUUCCAAAUUCCCUGUACAUCAUGCUGAAACAGAGACAGUUUCGCUUUCACGGCCUUGAUGUCAUUAUUACCAUGGCAACUACAGUGCCUUCGGAAAGUUUUCAGACCCAUUGACUUUUUCCACAUUGUUACGUUACAUACAGCCUUAUUCUAAAAUGGAUUUAAAAAUUAAUAAUCACACAAUACCCCAUAAAAACAAAGCAAAAACAGGUUUUGAGAAAUGUUUGCAAAUGUAUUAAAAACAGAAAUACCUUAUUUACAUAGGUAUUCAGACCCUUUUCUAUGAGACACACAGCUGUCUAUAUAAGGUCCCACAGUUGAUAGUGCAUGUAAGAAUAAAAACCAAGCCGUGAAGUCGAAGGAAUUGUCAGUAGAGCACCGAGACAGCAUUGUGUCAACUCUUGUGUCAACUCUUCCUAGAGCUGGCCGCCCAGCCAAACUGAGCAAUCGGAGGAGAAGGGCCUUGGUCAGGGAGGUGACCAAGAACCCUAUGGUCACUCUGAAAGAGCUCUAGAGUUCCUCUUGAGAUGGGGGAACCUUCCAGAAGGACAGCUGUCUCUGCAGGACUCCACCAAUCUGGCCUUUAUGGUGGACUGGCCAGAUGGAAGCCACUCCUCAGUAAAAGGCACAUGACAGACUCUCAGACCAUGUGAAACAAGAUCCUCUGGUCUGAUGAAACCAAGAUUAAACUAUUUGGUCUGAAUGCCAAGCAUCACGUCUGGAGGAAACCUGGCACCAUCCCUACUGUGAAGGAUGAUGGUGGCAGCAUCAUAGUGUGGGGGUGUUUUUCUGUGGCAAGGACUGCGAGACUAGUCAGGAUCGAGACAAAGAUGAACAGAGCUAAGUACAGAGAGAUCCUUGAUGAAAACAUGCUCAGUACCUCAGACUAGGGCAAAGGUUCACCUUCCAACAGGACAACGACCCUAAGCACACAGCCAAAUACAGGUGUGCCAAGCUUGUAGUGUCAUACCCAAGAACACUCGAGGAUGUAAUUGCUGCCAAACGUGCUUCAACAAAGUACUUAGUAAAGGGUCUGAAUACUUAUGUAAAUGUGAUUAUAAAUUAGCAAACAUUUAAAAAAAAAAAGUGUUUUAGCUUUGUCAUUAUGGGGUAUUGUGUGGGGGAAAAAUAAUUUAAUCAAUUUUAAAAUAAGGCUGUAACCUAACAAAAUGUGGAAAAAGUCAAUUGGUCUGUAGAUGUUGAAAAGAGGUGCAUCAGCGACUUGUAUGUGUGGAGGCCUAGAGAUGCUAAACGUGUUUAUGUUAAUUAACGGAAAUGACCGUGGACCGGCAGUCUUUGGCAUGACAAUAACCGGCUGAGAACAUUUCAUGACCACCACAGCCCUACUUGUGACUGUGACCCAUUCUUGCUGCCAAAAAGGUUUUGGAUAUAGAUUGGUUUUAAGCCAUCUCUUUCUCACACGCACGCACGCGCAUGCACGCGCACGCACGCCUUUCUCCCUGCUUUUGUCAUCCACUAUCACACCUGUUGAAUAUCAAUUCAACUUUUCACUGCUGCUUCUAUUCUUUAAGAUUUUUUCUCAUCUCUCCUGUCAAUAUUGUUGCUCUUCUCUGACUUUUGGUGUGUCAAUCAACCCUCGGGCUACAAGACAUUGGGUGGCCUCCAUACACAUUACAUGUAGGCCACCAUAGGAGAAGUGUUGAAGGUAGUAUGUACAUCUAACAGAUUUCAUAGGUGUAGAUUUUCAUAGGUACAUAAAAGUUCCUGACCAAAGAACAAUAUUAAUAUCACAACAUUUUCAAACACUAAGAAACAUGUAAUUAUCUCAGAGGCUCAUUUUUGUACAUAAUAAUAGUUUCUUCCAUUUCUCCAUCAGGGUUAUCACUUAAUAACUGUCAUUACAUCAUAUUACUAUGAUACUUAAACUGAUCGUCUCUUUUGGCUGAAUCACUGACAGCGGAAUGCACACUAGAGAGCAUAAUGGCUUUUUGCAAAAACCUAGUGAUCCGAAAAUGAUUUUCAAAUACAGUGUUCCAUCCACACACACAAUUGUGGUGUGUACUGUGUACAUGCUAAUGUGUUUCCUGUUUGACUAAGUGCCUUCUAGGAGAACAGAGAUUCUUCUUGUGGGUGAUGGUGUUUGCCUGAGUGAAGCCUACUUCCAAGGCCUUCAGUAGCAAGAACAUUAUUAUUCUCAGGGUAUAGAUCGUUUUCAUCUCCUGACUCAAAAGGAAAUUAUUAUAAGAGUGGACCUUUAAAUGAACUGACAGUACACAUUACUGUCAGUUUUACAAUACAUACAUAUGUUUGAGUGUAUUUCUUACUAAUAGGAUGUUUGAGUGUAUGUCUCCCAUAGCACACACACACGUAAACACACCACCUGGUUGAUGGACUGCUGAAUCAUAUAACAUUGGAUGGUCAAUUGUAAUAGUCAAGUCAUAUUGACAAAGUUGUUGUGAAGAUGCGGAGGGGCAUGUCUGUUAUAAAAAAGAUGCUUUGUGUAUUUUACACAAAUCAACUGUACUAGUUGUUAAGGCUCUGUUCUUGCCCUAAUUUUGAUUACUGUCUGGUAAUAUGGUACAGAGCAGCAAAGAAAGACCUAGCAAAGCUGCAGCUGGCUCAAACAGAGCAGCACACACAGAACUAACAUCAACAACAAGCAUGCCAGUCUUUCCUGGUUGAGGGUUGACGAGAGGAACUGCUUCUCUUCUAGUUUUUAUGAGAAGUAUUACUGUGAGGAAAAAUCCAGAUUGUCUGCAUAAUGAAAUAACAUUCAGCUCAGACACCCAUACAUAUGCCACCAGGGAUUUCUUCACAGUCCCCAAGUCCAAAACGAAUUCACUGCAAACCACAGUAUUUUACAGAGCAAUGAUGCCAUGGAACUCCCUUCUAUCUCCAAUUACUCAGACAAAUAGCCAAAUUACCUUUAAAAAAAUGAUUAAACAAUAUUUCAUGGAUUGACGGGGACUGUGAGGGGUUAAACACACGCAUAGCAUACACAGACACACUAACAAACGUUUUUUUUUGUCGUUGUUGUUUUGUUUGUACAUUUAUUACAUAUUUUUUCUUGUUGUAUUGCUGGUAUAUUGUUGUAUUUUAAGUUAGUGUGACUGUCCUUAUCUAUCAGUGAAUCUGUGUUUUGUUCCAUGUCCUGUUUUGUGUUUUUUGUGGACACCAGGAAGAAUAGCUGCUACUGCGGCAAAAGCUAAUAGGGAUCUGAAUAAACCAAUAAACCAAUAGUAGUAACA